AUGGAGCUGGAGCUGCCCUUCAAGAUGGCGGCUGCGGGGAAGGCCGCUAGUCCUCACAAGAGGCCGCAGGGCCGCACCGCCCCUCGCCACGCCCGCCGACGGGAGCACGGGCGGUGGGCGGGGCCCGGGUCCCCGAAUCGCCGGGCAGUGCGGGCGAAACCCGCACAGUCUGUCCAAUGGCGUGUAACGGGCCGGGCCCAUCGCGCACCUGCGGGCCCACUAAUCGAAGCUCAGGCGUCAGAGCCAGUCAAGAACUUGGGAGUGGAGACUCAGCAACGCAAGAGGCUGAGCUCCUCCCUGGGCCCCCAAGAUGACAGCUGGACACAGUCCUUCUCUCUGCUUUUGGGACUUGGCGCUGCCCUCUACUUGGGCUACUACGGGCGUGGGUGGCCCAGGAGGAGGCCACAACUGGUGACUAGGUCCCAGUUUCUGGCCUUCCUGGAGCAACACUGUCCAGUCACUGUGGAGACUUUCUACCCUAUGCUCUGGUGUUUUGAGGGGCGGCUACAAACCAUCUUCAGAGUCUUACUGCAGUCUCCGCCUAUAGUCCCUUACUCAAGGGAAGUUCUCAAAACCCCGGAUAGAGGACAGCUCCUCCUAGACUGGGCCAGCCAGCCUAACAGCAGUCAAUAUCCUGACCCUACCAUCCAGCCCAUUGUAUUACUGCUUCCUGGUGUCACAGGCAGUAGUCAGGAGACAUAUAUCUUGCACCUAGUUGACCAAGCUUUGAAGGAUGGCUAUAGGGCUAUUGUAUUUAAGAACCGGGGCUGCUGUGGGGAAGAACUGCUGACCUACAGGACCUUCUGUGCCCGCAACACUGAAGAUCUGGAGACAGUCGUGAACCACAUAAAGAGCCGCUACUCCCAAGCUCCACUGCUGGCUGUGGGCAUCUCUCUCGGAGGGAUGUUAGUGCUGAACCACCUGGCUCGAAUGGGACGGGCUGCGGGGUUGGUGGCAGCACUGACUCUACCUGCAUGCUGGGAUUCCUCUGAGACCACCUGCUCCCUGGAGACCCCACUGAACUCACUGCUCUUCAAUCAGCACCUCACUGCUGGGCUCUGCCGAGCUGUGAACCGAAACAGAAAGGUGAUGGAAAAGGUGGUGAAUGUAGACUUUGUGCUACAGGCCCGCACAAUCUGCCACUUUGAUGAGCGCUACACAACUGUGGUCUUUGGAUAGCAAGACUACUGUGCUGCCUGUUACCGAGCAGCAAGCCCAAGAACCAAGGUAGAUGCCAUCCAGAUCCCUGGGCUCUGCCUCAAUGCAGCUCAUGACCCCUUCUCCCCAGUCCACGCCCUUCCCCUACAGGCUGCCCAACAUUCUCCCCACGUUGCACUGCUCAUCACAGCUCGGGGUGGCCACAUCGGCUUCCUGGAAGGAUUGCUCCCCUGGCAGCACUGCUACAUGAGCCGCCUCUUGCAUCAGUAUGCCAAAGCCAUCUUCCAGCACCCAGCAGAGCUGCUCAGCCUCAGGGCACCCACUCCUUCUGAGGGAGGCAAAAGCUGA